CAAAAACUAAUUAAAAUUGUAAUGGUUAAUUUAUAAAACCUGCAAGUUUCGCUGCGCUGCUUCCUGCGUCAAUCGAUUGCGGGAUGAGGGGAGUGUUGCAGGGAUAGACGUUUUAGUGUUUGCGUAAAUGUAAUUAAAUUGUUUUUAUCGUACCGAUAUGAGAAUGUUCCGUAACAAUUACGUUUUUGCGUUUAACUGCGUAAAAAAACUCUAACUUUGUUGUUUAAUUUCAAAUCGUUUUUCCGCUCCUAUUUUUCUGUUGCGUAGACCGAUCUUAUUGUGCUUAAUACCUCAAUUAGAUGCUGCUAUCCAAUCGAAACCAGAGGGAAUCGGAAUGAUUUGCGGAUAUUUUGAUUUUGGUCCGUGACAUCAGGGUGAACAGCUUUAAAUACAUAUUACAGUCUGUCAAAUAUUGCCAUGGAUAAUAUAGAGCUUAUGUGAAAUGGGAGGUUCAGUGAGCCAGGUAUUUCAGUCGGGGAGCGCUCUAUUAACGAACGGACAUGGACACAAAGUGUCUGAUCUGACUAGAAAGAAUAUUUUGGACAUUUUCGAUGCCCUGACUGCCAACCCCAAGAUUGGAGUGCAGCGUAUUGAAGGCCUAUUUCUUCAGAUACCAAAGAAUGAAAAUGUACUGGCCAUUCAUGAUGAAACUGGCUACAAUUUAUUGCAAAAGUUCGUGGGUGCAAACAAUGUCGAACUAGUUCGUUGGUUUUUAGCUAAACAUAGCGUGGCGGAUAUCAACAGAUUUCCUUGUAGCCUCCCUCUUCAUAUCGCCUGUUUGAAAGGCCAUGAAGAAUGUGUGGAAAUCCUUUUAAAACAUGGUGCGAAAAUCGACGUUGAGGCUCGAAUGUGUUGGCCAGGACCGCACACUAGUAACUGCGAAGAACGCGGCAAAUAUUGUGCGGCAAUUCAACAGGAAGAUAGUUGCAUUGAACGAGACUCGCGGGAUAAUCGGCCGUCGAUCAAACUGCAAUCAGCCAUCUACUAUGCUUUAGAUGGCGAUCAAGUUAACACCCUGAUAAUGCUAUCGCAAAGAACUGAGGAUCCUUGGAAUGGCAUAUUUAGAGCCAGGAAGCCCCUACUUCAUGCCGCCUGCGAACGCAAAGCCUGGAACUGCACAGAAUAUCUAGUCCAAGAGCGUAGCGAAGAAAUACAUAUUUUAAAGGAUGAAUAUUACCCGAUCCAUUAUGCGGCCUCAAAUGAUCUGAAAUUUUUGGAGCUGCUUAUCGCAGCUGGUGCCGACACUAAGGUCCGCACUUGUACUCAGCAAAUGACCUUACUGCACGUUGUUUUGCUUGUCGCCCAUAAAUCGGCAGAGGAUACAAUCGCCACCAUACGCCUUCUGUUGGAGCAUGGUUGCAAAGAACUGAUCAACGCACCGGACAGUUUAGGAAACACUCCAUUACACGCACUUAUAGUGAGAUACGCGCUAGAGGAGGCUCAAUACGGUUACGAUAAAUGGAACAAAUGGGAUAUUCUGCAUUUGGUUCGGUACCUGAUCCAAUCUGGCGCCAAACCAUCUAUUAAUCACAGCGGAAAUUCAGCUGUGGCUUGUGUAUUGAGGCACGUGAGAGAUUGGGAUGUGUGCUAUGAAUUACUGAAUAUGUUAUUGCAUGAGGAUGGAAAUCCAAAUGAAGUCGGUCGUGAUGGUUCAGUUCCAUUAAUGGUAUGUCUUGUCCCAUUGAUCAACAAAGAUCCAUUGCAUAAUUUUACCCACAACAUGAAGGUGUGCUACUUGAAUUGUAUUCGAAUCCUUCUAAAGCAUGGUGCAAAUCCUAACUGCAGUUACCGCGCAAAUCUGACUCCUUUGCAUGUGCUAGUGUUUACUGUAUCCGAGAACAUAACUUUAAAUUGUGAUGUGCAGAAAAACAUAAACUUCGAGUUUGUCAAGAAUCUGCUAAUAUUGCUCUUAACGCAUCAGCUGGAUCCCAACGUGAAAGUGAGUAACCGAACGCAACAUAUUCUGCAGUCUUGUAUGGAUAUGACGCAGAAUGUUCGAGAGUGUAAGGAUAUUCAUUAUGUGUAUGAUUUAACUUUGACAUUGAUUCAGUAUGGUGCCAAUCCAGAUUUACUUCUCAGUAUGUCUGAAGCAAUAAAAAGUCACGCUCUGCAUUCCCAGAGUAUAUGGAAAUCAAAAAAUCACAUCCUAUACUACUAUAUUUUGUUGAUAUCUCGCAAAGAGAACCUUAUAAUGGACCCAAACAUGACUUUUUCGAAAAUUAUCAUGCUAUUUUAUUUUGUUAUGCAACAUAAGCCCUUAUUUGAAUGUUUAAGAGUAUUACAUACCCAACAACUAAGUCUAGUUCCAGGUAAAACGACCGAACCUCUGACAAAUAUCAUUAGGAACCUUUAUAGUAGGCCUAGGACGUUGAAGCAGAUUUGCAGAGUUAAAAUACACAAUUGUCUUAAUCGACGACCAGGCUUGUACAUAAACCGAUUAAAUCUACCGAAUCAAUUAAAAGAUUAUCUUUUAAAUUUUGAUCCCUAAAUUGUCAGUUGGUUUGCAUCGUUAUUUUGAUUUAUUUUUUGGCCGACAUGGAACUUGAUGGGUAAACUUAGAAGGACUUAUACCGAGCAAAUUGUUAAAUAUUAAAUUGUUAACGUUAUUGUUAUAUAAUUUUUUAUACUUGUGAUAUUGAAUUAAAAGUGUCUACUGGAA